AUGCAAUAUUCUAGGGCCGAUCGUCAGGCUGUCUACCGUUCUUCCCGAUGCAAACAAAUUUUCUCCAUCCCCGAAAACUUGGCUCUGCGUAAGCAGAAAGCGAUAAGAGCAGUGGUGAAAAGGCACAAUCUCACAGUCUCAAACCUCUCUCGUGAGAAGCUCGUUCAGAUCUUACAGUGUUUGCUUCAGGAAGGCGCUUUCGGGUCAUAUUAUACUACCCAUACCAUCUUUUCGGCACCCGCUUUGGCGCCAGUGGUACGGCAAGAGCCCCAAGCGGCCACCAGACCUUUAGAGGCCGAUCGAAAUCAAUGCAUCAUGGAAGAGCACAGGGCGUGGAUGAAAGAUCUCUUCCAUACAGGAAGAUACUCCGACAUAGACCUCAUAUCAGACACUAAACUGUAUAGAGCACAUCGCUCUAUCAUUUGCUCCAUGUCUCCUGUUAUAGACCGAUCCUGCAACUUUAACGCUGCCAAGCAUGAUCGGGCUGGGCUAGAGCUGAACAAGUCCGAUCACGGCACUGCCAAGGCUUCAUUCAACUUUGGAGAUGCCGACCCUGAGGCAGUAGAUUGUCUGAUACAGUUCUUCUAUAUGUGGGAUUAUGAAGUCAACCCUUCUCCAGCUGGUGAUGUCCUCGACAAGGACAAACCUCGGGGAGACAUUGACGAUUCACCUGUCGCAGAUGAUGAAACAAUUGCUCUUGAGGCUCGACGCCUGCUUCUUCAUGCCAAGAUAUUUACACUUGCGCACAUAUACGACGUUCCCCGACUCAGAGAUCUGAGUGUAAAGAAACUACGGGAAGUGGCUGGGCGGCAAUGGAGAUCGACUUAUCUGUUGGACGCGGCACGAGAAGCAUAUGCCGCUACUCCACCCGACGUCCUGGAGAUGCGGAAAGCUAUAGUACAAACAUUCUUUGAUAACCGGGCGCUUUUAGACGAAUAUUACGUCCGAGAGUUUCUGCUAGAAAUGCCUCAUCUGACACUGGAUAUCAUGCUGCACAUGAAUAACCCUCUAUCGUCAUUUGGGAGCUCUGGGCAUGGCUUACUUAGGUGGCAAUGA